AUGGUGCGCGUGCCCAGAUCUUCUGGUGACUCGGGAUUUCACCGUGAGUCCCUGAGUGAAGAUGAGAAGGUCAAGAUUGAACCUGGAAUGAAAGCGUAUGAGGCAGAGGGAUCGCCAAGGACGCGUGAUUUUAAAAGAUCCCCAGAUCGUCAGAGUUUUGAGAGGGGCUCUGAUGACAAGAAAAACAAAGAGGAAGGUCGAUCUUACGAUCUGGAAGAUAAACCUCAACCCCCUCCUUGGGUCCCUUCAGGGACCACCGCAGAUCGUGCUGCAAAACACGAUCCGCUAGGUGAAAAUCCAUCAGCGAAAACUGAACAAAACCUACACAAGACCACUCAGACAAUGUCAAGGAAGAAGAUUGGGAAGACAGAUCGAGUGAAGAAAGACGAGUCCAGAUCGGAUCGACACGAUCUCAGCGCGAAAUCGAUCGAGUGA